UUUAAUACAGCUGUCAAAAUGUCGAUCAAUGCACAAGUGCAUCUCAGUAAAAAUGAAAAUAAUAAAAAAAGUGAUAAAAACAUUAAACCCUUGUUUCCCAAACAGGCUGAAUGUUCAUAUGUGUCUUGUUAUUGUGAAGAAAACGUCUGGAAACUGUGCUCUGAUGUGUCUUUGAGGGUUCCGGUAGAGUUGGACAGAUGUUUCGUUGUAUUCAUUUCGAACCCUUGCCGUACCGUGCCCUUGUGGAAACAAAGGGCUGGGCGUGAAGACGAUCGUCUAGUCAUAUGGGACUAUCAUGUUAUAUUCCUUUAUUCUGUGGACUGCAAAACAUGCCUUGUUUAUGAUUUGGAUUCAGAAUUACCAUUUCCAACAUUCUUCCACAAAUAUGUGACAGAAACAUUCCGUACAGAUCAAGUGUUGAAGUCUGAUUUUCACAGAUUCUUCCGUGUAGUUCCUGCCAAGCAAUUCUUACAACAUUUUGCCUCGGACAGACGUCAUAUGAAAAGACCUGAUGGUUCAUGGAUCAAACCACCUCCUCCCUAUCCAGCUAUUCGUACUUCAAUUGCAACUCACAAUUUAGAUGAGUACAUUAAUAUGGAUACAGACUCUGGCCCGGGGCAAGUCUUUAACUUGACUGAAUUUGUACAGCGGUUCUAUAAAAAAGAAAAGUAGUACAAACAUUAUGAAUAAUAGAUAGACAUAAUAUUUUUACUUUUUUAACGCCUUAAGUUGAUUAUGUUUUAAUAAUCUUUUGUUAUAUUUGUGCCGUUAAUUCCAUGAUUGUUAAAAAUCCUUAAGUGUGUGUGUAUCCACCUAUUUAGGGUUCUGUGAAAAAUAAAUACUAAAAGUCUGUGUAAUUAUCUGUUGAAACUUUGAAAGUGAGAGAUUCAAGUAAGCUAACA